AUGGACCAGAUUCCGUCCAAGCUUCCCUUCUCCAAGAAGCGGCUACGAACCCGCGUUGUUCUCUCCGCCCUCUUCAUCGGAUUCUAUAUCCUCGACGCCGUCGAGCCCUACCAUCAGCAUUUUUCGUUAAGGAACAUUAGCCUGCAAUAUCCCUAUGCCGUUAAGGAGCGCAUUACCAUCCAAGAGGCUCUCUUGAUCUCUCUGGCCUUCCCCAUCGUCGUCAUCGCCGUCUAUACCCUCGUCAUCGAUGGCCUCUUUUCGCACCACAAGCCUUCUUCCAAGGAAUCUACGUCGGGGCGGAGGAAGCUGUCGGGCAGGUAUCGAUGGAAGGAUCGGCUGUGGGAACUGAAUUGUGGAAUUCUGGGUUUGUUCCUGUCGCAGGCUCUCGCGUUCGUCAUCACGCAGGUGUUGAAGAACGCCUGUGGGAAGCCCCGACCCGAUCUGAUUGACCGGUGCCAACCCCGGCCUGGCAGCGAGGAUCACCCUGUCUACGGUCUCUCGAACUCCACAAUCUGCACGGGGGAUCCGAAGAUCUUGAAGGAUGGAUUCCGGUCUUGGCCCUCUGCUUCCUUUGCCGGCCUCUUUUACCUCUCUCUCUACCUUUGCGGCAAAAUGCACGUCCUCGACAAUCGGGGCGAGGUAUGGAAGACGAUCAUUGUGAUGAUUCCGUGCCUGGCAGCUGCCCUUGUCGCGGUGUCGCGCAUUAUGGAUGCCCGGCAUCAUCCAUUCGAUGUCAUCAGUGGCUCGCUGCUUGGAGUUUUCACGGCCUGGGCUUCAUAUCGCCAGUACUUCCCUCCAAUUUCCGAGGCAUGGAGGAAGGGGAGGGCCUAUCCGAUCCGCAGUUGGGGAACCGAGCCAACGCCGCCCAUGAGUCAAGAGCGGUCCCUCAAGUAUGCAGAGAGCGUGGAGCCACUCCGGAAUCCAGACGAGGAGAGGCUGGACGUGCGGGGCGAACGGCGGAUGAGUCUGCAGUCCGGGCGAGGUGCUUCCACCAGCCCUUCGCCGCAUCCUGCUGCGCUUCAGCCGGGGGUGUAUAACCCCCGUCAUCGCGGCCGGGACGACAAUUACUCAUCAUCCUCGAGCGAGGAUGAGGCAGAAAGGUUUGAGAUGACUACUACUUCUACUGCUCAUUACGCACGACCCGUGAACGUGACACUGCCGCGCACCGCGUACCAGCCGUAUGAUACCGAUACGGCCUACCAUCCGCCCAGUCACCAAGGAGACCGUCCCGCCGCCGUGUCGAAUGUCGACAAUCGAGGACGACCGUUGACCUCUGAGCGGGGACCAGGGGAAUCAUGA